AUGUAUAAUCUAUUUAAAAGUAGUGGUGGUCAAUCAUUGAUGAGAUCAUUGAUCAAUCAAAGUAAUUUGAUCAAAUCAUCGACUACAUCGACUACAUCUACAUCAACAUCUACAUCAAUUAGAUCAUAUUCAAUAGACUCAAACAAUACAAUAAAACCACCACCAUCAUCAUUCAAAUAUAAUAACAAUAACAAUAAUAAUAAUAGCAAUAAUAAUAAUAAUCAAAGUAAACCAAAAAAGAUGGUACCCGAAUGGAAAGAAAAACAACGUAUUGAAAGAAAGAAAUCACAACGUGUUCAUAGAGAAUCAACAGAAGGUCGUCACUCUAGACAGAUAGAUAACAACAUACACUAUUUAUUGGAUUUCAGUAGCUUUGAAACAAUUAUACACCUUAAAUCACAUCCAAUUGCUGAUCUUUUAAAAGGUGAUGAUGUUGAAAAUCAAAUUGGAUUAUACGUUAGACAUGUAAUUGAUAGAGGAACACUUGAAAAGGAUUUAUCUAAAUUGGUUAGAAGUAGAUUUGAUGGUAUUCCCGAAGAAAGUAUCCGGGUGUAUUUACAAUACUUGGAGGAUUUUAUGAUGUCGAGACGAUCAGAACUCGAUUGGACAGAGGGAUUGGCAUGCAAUUUGGUGCAGGCACAUUUGAUAAGAGGCCAUUUAGAGUUGGCAGAGAACUUGUUUGACCGUUUCAGAAGCGUGUCGUCUUUCCACUGCAUUCUAAUGUACCACGUGCGAAACAAACGUCCUCUUUUGGCACUGGAAUACCUCGAUCAAAAGAUGACCGUCAUUCCAACCUAUGGCACUAGUAACCUGUGCUCACAGUUUAUAUCCGAGAUGAUGGGACCGUACCUCAAGACAUGGUCCAAUAACUUGUACCUCAAGAAUGUGACGUCGAUGGCACUCGAGUACCAAAAGGACCUCGAAGAGGCACAUUACAGGGACAUGAACAAUGAGAUAUCGGGUGGUGGCGCAGUCGACCAUUUUGUCAUGGAACUCAACGCAUCGCGGUCGCGCGGACCCGAGACGAUUGCCGCACUCGUCAUCUACAACCAGUUGGAUCAUCAACCUCAUCAUUGUCUUUUACCUGCAGAUGGACCGUUACGAGAUGGCGCUCAAGUGGUUCGCCCGCCGUCUCGACUAUGGCCUGACGCCCGACCACUUUUCAAUCUACUUUUUCCUCCAUUACCACCAGGCACUCGGCCAAGAGGGAUCGGAGCUCGGCAAGUUUUGGAACAACUCGCGCUUUGA